CUCCCCCCCCUGCAGGCGGCGGCGGCAAUUCGCAUUUCGAUCGACCCCCGUCCUUCCCCACCCUCACCGGCGAGCCGCUCUUCCCGCCGCCACGUCGCCACCCGUCCCGAUUUGGCAAGUCGCCGCGGGCCAAGCGUUUGCGCGGCAUACAACGGGGGCCGAGGCAGACAACACGACACGCGGGGUCCCCUCGUCUUCCCCCUCCCGUCCCUGCGGGCGCACCACUCGUCGGCGUCGCCACCCCCUCCUCUGUGCCCCGGCCAAGAAGGGCAAGGCCGCCUGUCCGGUCGGACCAAAGGACGAGAGGGUUCGCCGCCGCCGGGUGAUAUGUCGUGCGUGAUGGACGGGAGCGCGGUGGAGGAGCUGAUACGGCGGCUGCUGGAGGGGAAGAAGCACAAGGCGCCGGGGAAGAAGGUGCUGCUGACCGAGGCCGAGAUCCGGAACCUCUGCGUCACCGCCAAGGAGGUCUUCCUCUCCCAGCCCAACCUCCUCGAGCUCGAGGCCCCCAUCAACGUCUGCGGUGACAUCCACGGGCAGUUCUCGGAUCUUCUGCGGCUGUUCGAGUACGGCGGCCUGCCGCCGACGGCCAACUACCUGUUCCUGGGCGACUACGUGGACCGCGGCAAGCAGAGCAUCGAAACCAUCUGCCUGCUGCUGGCGUACAAGAUCCGGUACCCGGACAACUUCUUCCUGCUCCGGGGCAACCACGAGUGCGCCUCCAUCAACCGCAUCUACGGCUUCUACGACGAGUGCAAGCGCCGCUUCAGCGUCCGCCUCUGGAAGCUCUUCACCGACUGCUUCAACUGCCUCCCCGUCGCCGCCGUCAUCGACGACAAGAUCCUCUGCAUGCACGGGGGCCUCUCGCCGGACCUCGACAGCCUCAGCCGGAUCAGGGAGAUCCAGCGCCCCGUCGACGUCCCCGACCAGGGCCUCCUCUGCGACCUCCUCUGGUCCGACCCCGACCGCGAAAGCUCCGGGUGGGGCGACAACGACCGCGGCGUCUCUUUCACCUUCGGCGCCGACAAGGUCGCCGAGUUCUUGAACAAGCACGACCUCGACCUCAUCUGCCGCGCGCACCAGGUCGUGGAGGACGGGUACGAGUUCUUCGCCGACCGGCAGCUGGUCACCAUAUUCUCGGCGCCCAACUACUGCGGCGAGUUCAACAACGCCGGCGCGCUCAUGAACGUCGACGCCAGCCUGCUCUGCUCGUUCCAGAUCCUCAAGCCGUACAGGGGCAAAGCGCAAACGGAGUGACAUGGACGGAACAGGCUGCCGCCGGCCGGCGGCCGGGACGCGGGAGAUGUUCAUUAGAGGCGUGUUUAGAAUUGCAACGAGAUUUGCCUGAGCAGGUGUUUCCUCUCGCAUUUUUUGUUGGCCCGAGAGCUGC